UCAGAACAUUGAAAAAAUGUAUACCAAAACGCUUAUAUUGUUCUUGACAAAGGGGUAGCAACAUAAAGCCAGGGAUCUCAUCUGGCCCUGGCAUUCAUCGACGAAGAGGAGGCAGAGGAGGGCAACAAAGCUGCGCCUGGCAAGCGUAGGGAACCAUGGGAGACGUAGACCUCACGAUAGAAGAUUUUAACAGAACCAUUGUAUGUUUUGCUGAAACAAUAUAUAGGACUAAUGGAGUCUGGGAAGGACCCAACCCCCUGGCUCCGAUUCUUCCCAUCUUCAUUUUUCAGUUACCUAUCACCAUUUUGGCCACCCGCAUUGUCCUCCUUUUGUUGAAACCCUUCAACAUGCCUCCCUUCAUUGGAGAACUUAUUGGUGGUAUACUACUUGGACCAACUUUCUUUGGAAAAAUAGCACCAUCAACCUACAAAUGGUUCUUUCCUGCAUAUGGUUUCACUAUUUUGGAGCCAAUGGCACACUUUGCUCUUGUUUACUAUGCAUUCCUCGUGGGCUUGACCCUCGACACCCAAACAAUAAAAAGAACCGGAACAAAGGCCAUGGGAAUGGCAAUCACAGGAGCUGUAAUCCCUUGUUUAAUUGGCUGUCUCUUGUUCUUUGUCAUUGUUAGUGAAAAAACAAAUUACGCUGGCUGCAUUUUCUGGGGAUUUGCGCUUACUGUCUCCAGCUACUCAGCGCUUGGGAGCAUUCUUGAAGAUCAAUCACUGGUUCAGACAGACGUUGGCAAAUUGGCCUUGUCUGCGGCUCAAGUUGGAGAAGCCAUUUCCUGGGGACUUCUUGCUGUAGGACUAGCUGUAGCAAACAGCGAAACUUAUUGUUUCUUAGCCAUUAUGUUGACAGUUGUGUUUGCACUUAUUUGUGCUCGUGGUGUUCGGCCAGCUCUGUCUUGGAUAAUCAAAAAGACUGGCGAUGGCCAAGGGUACAGUGAGUUCUACAUCUGCUUUAUUCUAAGUGGAGUUGCUAUAUGUGGAGUUAUCACUGAUGCCAUUGGCACACACCCGAUGCUCGGGGCGUUUAUCUUUGGACUAAUCAUGCCUAAUGAAGUGCUUCAGACUACUCUGGUGGAGAGGCUAGAAGACUUUGUGAUGGGUAUUUUUAUGCCAGCAUUCUUUGCAGUUUGUGGCAUUAGGACUAAUUUAGAUUCUUUGAGCUUUAACAACACUUCUUUGGUAGUUGUUCUGGGGAUAAUCAUUGUUCUCUCUGGAUCAAAAGUCAUUAGCGCCUUGCUUUCCUCUUUCGUUACUAACAUGACAGCUAAAGAAGCAGCUACCAUUGGAGUACUUACCAGCACCAAAAGCAUCCUGGCUCUGAUCAUUCUUGAAGUUGCACAGGAGCACGGGAUUCUGACCACUCAAGAAUAUACGAUCAUGAUAGUUUCAGUUGUUGUAAUGACAAUGCUUGUGCCACCAAUCAUAUUACAUUACCAUCCUAACAUUGAUAAUAUGCCUUAUACACGAAAGACAAUCGAGAAGGCAAAAUCAGUGGAGGAGCUGAGAGUACUUGCCUGUGUUCAUAAAUUCAACAAUGUUCCAUCUAUUAUCAGUGUGCUUGAAGCUGCUAAUGCGACCCAACAAUCUCCAAUCAAAGUCUACGCACUCCAACUCGUAGAACUGAUUGGCAGAGCCUCAGCAAUGCUGGUUGUUCAUAACAGUCGUAAAAUCAGCUCCAAAAAUCCAACUAAAGAAGAAGCUCAGACUGAUGAUAUUAUAAGUGCUUUUGACAAUUAUGAGCUCCGCUGUGAUGGUGUCAAUGUCCAGGCACUUACCUCUAGGUGCCCGUAUUCCACCAUGGACGAAGAUAUCUGCAACAUUGCCAGAGACAAGCGAGCCGCUUUCAUCAUUCUCCCAUUCCACAGACAACAAAACUUAGAUGGAGAAAUGGAAGACAUUAACCCUGCAAUCAGAACUGUGAAUGAGAAUGUCUUAGCUCAUGCUCCUUGCUCCGUAGGUGUGCUCAUAGACCGUCGAAUGGCUGGCACUAGCAUGUUCCCUAACCGCGUUGCUGUGCUAUUUCUUGGCGGGCCUGAUGACAGAGAAGCCUUGGCCUAUGCCUGGAAAAUGUCAGAGCAUCAAAACGUCAGACUAACCGUUAUUAGAUUCCUACCUGGAAAAGACGCGCUGCAGGUGGAUCCUACUGAAUUCAUGACAACAGCAGCAGGCACAAUAACAGUCCCAAUCGAUGCUGAAAACGAGAAACAUCUAGACGAUCAAUUCAUAGCCAAAUUCAGGAUGAGCAUAACACAUGACAGUUCAGUAGUAUACCAACAAGUAAUGCUGAACGACGAAGAAGAAACCGUGAGAGCCAUCAAGAAAAUGGAAAAGGAUUUUGAUCUCUUCAUAGUAGGCCGAGGGCGUGGCAUGGCAUCGCCACUCACAGCCGGGCUAGCUGACUGGUGUGACUGCCCUGAGCUCGGUCCUAUAGGAGACCUUUUCGCGACCUCUGAGUUCUCAUCGUCAUUUUCAGUACUGGUGAUGCAACAAUACACAAGAUCAGAGGGGAGUGAGCACGAGACAGAAUCGUAUGCUGAAUCUUCAGAAGCGGAGAAUGAAUUGAACUGGAGACCAUCCAAUGCAAGCAAUGAUUACGGAUCAUUCGGACAGAGAGAUACAGAGUUUGGUCAUUUAUCAUUUAACCACAGAAGAGACCAUAGCCUUGGCAUGAUGAGAUGAAACAAUUUAGUGAGUUAGAUCGGAAUUUUGCUUCACUAACUUCCCUUUGUCCUCAUCAAUAUGAGAUGGUAUCACCAAACAUUAUGUUGUAUUUCUUAAACAUGCCGCGGAAUGAGAACAAAAUAUCAGGCACAAUUUUUUCA